GUUUCGCGGAGAAGUGACUGCUUUGCUGGCUCUGCGCGCGUGACGACGGAAUGGCGCCAUUCGCAGUCAUCGCAAGUUCUGCCGCCCAAUGCAAAAGUCGGAUUUGAUUGUGAAGUUCAAUUGCGUCACACGCAGAAAUAUAUAUCGAAGAGAUUUGUGACUCUUUCGUGGGCGAAGCACGGAAUCAAUUGAGGUGUGCGAAUCGCCAAUUUGCUCCAUCCGGACUGUGAAAAUCAUCCAUUCUCCUCAGUAUUCUCUAUUUGGUGUGUCUAAUGAGCUGUUCGCGGCUGUGUUAAGUGAGAAUGCAAGAAGUUCAGCACGAGGAGAGAUCUUAAUCUAAGGCAAUUUGGUGUGCAUAUUUGAGAAGAAGGUGCGUGUUCUGUUAGAACGAAUUUUUCCACUGCGUUGGCGGCAAUCUGAUCGGCAGCCAGAAUGUCUGAAUACUUCGAGUUCCAGUGGGACAUGCGCUCGAAGAUCAGCGAUGUGCGGAUGGGCAACAAGAAGUACUACAACGUGUGCAACGAGCCCACGGAGUGGAACCAGGCGCUGUUCCGCAUCAAGGAGCUGAUCGGCGCCAGCAUGGAUUAUGCGCUCAAGGACAAGUCCUGCUAUCAUGACAACGACUUCCUGCUGCGCUUCCUCUUCGCGCGGAAGUUCGACGUGGACGAGGCCUUCAGACUGAUCAUCAACUACUUCACUUACCUGCAGAAGAAUCACGCUCUCUUCCAAAGAUUGUCCGUGUUCGACGAGAGCGUGCAGCUGGCGCUGCGCGACGGCUUCCCGGGCGUGCUGCCGGAGAGAGAUCGCCGCGGCAGGAAGGUGCUGGUCUUCUUCACGGCCAACUGGGAGCCGGCGCUCUACUCUCUGCUCACCGUCUACCGCGCCAUGCUGCUGUCGCUGGAGAAGCUGCUCGAGGACAAGCAGAAUCAGGCCAACGGCUUCGUGGCCAUCGUCGACUGGAGCAAUCUCACACUCCAGAAGUCUUCCCACCUCAACCCAAAGAUACUCAAGCUCAUAAUCGAGGGUCUUCAGGAUUGCUUCCCGGUCCAGUUCAAAGCCAUCCACUUCAUCGGGCAGGCGUGGUACUUGGAGGCGGCAAUGGCUGUGAUCAGGCAGUUCCUAAAGGAGAAGACUCGCUCGCGAAUUAAACUCCACAGCAACUUGUCCACGCUGCACGAGAGCAUCGCCAGAGAUGUGCUGCCCACGGAACUGGGUGGCGAAGGACCGCCCUUCAACCCACUCGAGUGGUACCACAAAGUCCUGGAAUCCAGCCAGGAGACGCACAAGAUUGAGUCUCGCCCGUACUACAUCACACAAGCCACUGUGUACACCACAGCGCCCGCCAGUUGCCUCAAGAACGGCGCCUCGAUGGCGAAGAAGAGCGCGGAUCCCGCGCGCAACUCGCUGCUGAGCCUGGACGAUGACUGAGCUUUGUAAGCUUGAAAGUUCUCUCUCAGGACAGCCCGAAACUCAUCCGUUAACAAGGAGACAUUUUCUUAUCAAUUUGCAUUAAGACUGAUAGGAACUCAAAUAUGGGAUUGCACCCAAAUCUAUAAUUUUUGUAAUGAUUAUAUGAUGCUUUAAAGGCAUCUAAUAAAUAAAUGAAUAAAUUAUUUACCGUUUCUUUG